GCGCGGGGAGCGGGGCUCCCAUCCCGCUCCGGCUGCGCGAACCCGCCGCCUGCAGCCCCGAUCCGGCCGAGGGCGCGGGGAGGAGCGCCGGGCGGCGGGCCCCUGGCCAGCCCGGGUCCCCGCCGCCGCUCCCGGCCACCCGGCCGGGCCUUCCCGGGCUGCUCCGGGGCCGGGAGCGCCCCCCUGGGCGGCGGGACCUCCUCCCCGGGGAGCGCGCUGGGGCCGCGCCGCGGGCAUCGGGUUUCCCACCGGCUUGUGGACUUGCCCCCCGUGCCUUUCCCCUCGCCCUCUCCGGACACAGCUCUUCCUGCACGGGCCCUGUGGGCCCGGGGUCAUUUCGGGAGGGUUUGCGGAGAAGCCAGGAGCCCCUGGGUGGAGGGAAGCUUUCCUCCGGAAGGGCCGCGGGGCGUGGAGGGGGGCAACCCGGAGGGUCAGUUCCCUGGCCGACGCGGUGGCAGGCUGGGGACCGUCCAGGGAGGGCUGCCCCGCGGGGAGGCUGGAGCGCAGGAAAGGCGGGUCCAGAGCCCCGAGCGGCGUGGUCCCUGCACGCCCCCCAGCGACGGUUAGGUGCCUGUGGGGGGCUGGUGGGGCGGGGCGGGGCGGGGUGGAUCGAAGCUCCCUAGGGAACGACCUUUCCUGAGCACCUCCUCGGUGCCAGGCACCCUGCUGUUCCUGUCCAGGCAGUGGGAUUCGCCCGCAGGUCCUUCUGUGAAGGAGAUGCUGGGAUUGUUGGCAGGUUACAGACAGAAGCCCUGGGUGCCAGGGGCCCAGAGCUAGCAGGUGAUCGCUAGGUGGUCUGCCGCCAAAGCCCAGGCUACCCUCCGGAUAAAGGGUGCCAUGGGGACAGUGUCCACUGGGGCGAGGCGGGUGGGAUGCUGGGUAUGUUUCCGUUGUCCCACUACAAGGAAGAGGACGGGUACAGGGCAUCUGGGCCCCUGCGGACAGAGAGGAGCCCUGGCACUGGGCGGGGCCCAGCGUUGAGACCUGCGGGGACAGGCAUGGGAUGGCCUGUGUGACCUCGGAGAUGGCGCUAAGGGCAUGUGGGUGUUUUGAGACCUGAGCUGUGCAGGAGUCUCUCGAUUCUAACUUCCCGACCACCUCCCUCUGGCGUUUGCUCUGUGGCUUGGGACAAGUGAUUCAAGUCCUCCUAAGCCCCAGCUCGGUGCCCUCCUCUGUGUUCCGGGCGCAGUCUGAGAGCCCACCUCCUGACGAUGGAUGAGGGCGAAAGGAACUCCCGUGCGGGAGGCUCAGACAGUACCUGGCACAAAGCGUGACGCGUGUGAUAAAUGUCCAUGGGUGUUAGGGCAGACCCAACGCCCGCUGACCUGCCCUGUUGCCGUGUCGUUUUCUCGUGAGCAAGUCACUUAGAAUGCUGUUGCGGGGCGAGGGGCCCGGUGGUGUUGGCUGAGCUGGCGGUGACCUCCAGGGGAGCGGACUGAGAGGGCUGCAGGUGGCUCCGCCCAGACGAUAACACAAAGAAAGAACUUGCAAUCUGCCUUUUCAGGACCCCGUGACAUUGUCCACUGCUGGAAGGGGGCGAUGGCUGUGGCCCUGGGUUGUGCAAUCCAGGCCUCCUUGAAUCAGGGCUCAGUGUUUCAAGAGUACGAUACUGACUGUGAGGUCUUCCGCCAGCGCUUCCGGCAGUUCCAGUACAAAGAAGCAGCUGGACCUCAUGAAGCUUUCAACAAACUCUGGGAGCUUUGCUGUCAAUGGCUGAAGCCAAAGAUGCGUUCUAAGGAACAGAUCUUGGAGCUGCUGGUGUUGGAGCAAUUCCUAACGAUUCUGCCCACUGAGAUAGAGACCUGGGUGAGGGAACAUUGCCCAGAGAACAGAGAAAGAGUUGUGUCACUGAUAGAAGACCUACAGAGGGAACUGGAAAUACCAGAGCAGCAGAUCGAUAGGCAGGAAAUGCUCUUGGAAGAACUGGCACCAGUGGGAAUGGCACACAUACCACCACCAAACAUCCACCUGGAGUCACCCCCACUCCAAGUAAUGGGACCUGCCCCGGAGGUCGCAGUGGCAGAGGCGUGGAUCCCACAGGCAGGGCCGCAGGAGCUGAGCUUCGGUGCUGCUGGGGAAGGCCAGCCCUUUCUGGACCCUGGAUAUCCAAUACCCAAACUGGACGUGAGCUUUCCUUUGGAGCAUAGAGAAGAGGCAUGGGUGAAGGAACUCCAAGAUUCCAAAGAAAUUAAACAAUUACUCGAUUCCAAGUUAGGUUUCGAGAUCGGGAUAGAAAAUGAAGAAGAUACUUCGGAAAAACAGAAAAAACUGGACAACCUGUAUCCGUUUCUAGUUCCUUUAGAGGGGAAUGCUCUUCACGGCCCCAUUUUGCAAAAAGACUACGUACAGUUAGAGAACCACUGGGAAGGCCCUUCGGAGGACUUACAGGCCGACCUGACAAAACUUGUCGAUCGGCAGAACCCCCCUGCAGGAGAGAAGGCUGAGGGCUCCAACGCGGAAGAACCGCUCAACCCCAGACCCCACAAGAAGAAGAGUCCAGGAGACAAACCUCACCGAUGUUCUCAGUGCGGGAAGUGUUUUGCACGGAAGUCUCAACUGACGGGGCACCAGAGGAUUCAUUCAGGAGAAGAACCUCACAAGUGCCCUGAGUGUGGGAAGAGAUUCCUGCGUAGUUCCGACCUUUACAGACACCAGCGACUUCACACGGGGGAGAGACCCUACGAAUGCACCGUGUGCAAAAAGCGGUUCACUCGGCGGUCACACCUGAUAGGGCACCAGAGGACCCAUUCCGAAGAAGAGACAUACAAAUGCCUCGAGUGUGGGAAAAGCUUCUGCCAUGGAUCAAGUCUUAAAAGACACCUGAAAACGCAUUCGGGCGAGAAGCCUCACAGGUGUCAUAACUGCGGCAAGAGCUUCAGCAGGCUGACAGCUCUUACUUUGCACCAGAGAACUCACACUGAAGAGAGACCCUUCAAAUGUAACUAUUGUGGGAAAAGCUUUAGACAGAGACCAAGCCUUGUCAUUCAUUUAAGAAUUCACACCGGGGAGAAGCCAUACAAGUGUAGUCAUUGCUCUAAAAGCUUCAGACAGAGAGCAGGCCUCAUUAUGCACCAAGUCACUCACUUUAGAGGACUUCUCUAAGAAUUCCUAAAGGAAGCAGAUCCGACAGAAAUUGACACUAACUCAAAAACAAAAACAACAAACUUAACCCUGCCACAGCCUGUGUGUCUUGGAAGAUUUUUUUUUUGGUUUGUGCUUAUAAGAACAGUGUUUUUUCUGCUUUAAAAACCCAUCUUCCAAGGCAUAUGCAUUCUAGAGUAUCCAUCUACUCUUAGAAUUUUCCUAGAUUUGACUUAUUAUGUCUCGACACCUCUUUAUUUUUUAUUACGUUGAAAUUUUUUUUUUUUUUUUUUGGUGAACCAAGCCAACCGUAUCAUAGAUGUAAGCAUAAAAGGUGAUUUAUAUUAGUUUAAAGCCUUAUAUGCAUCCCAAGUGGCAGGGUGGGGUGACAUAACAGAAACUCGUAUCUACCUGACAUGUCUAUUCUAGCAGCGCCAGAGCAUUCUGCUGUCGUUAUUAAAGGUGAUUUAUAUUAGUUUAAAGCCUUACAUGCGUCCCGAGUGGCAAGAAAGGAGACAGUGUAUUUUGUCAAACAAUAAAAAUGCGUUAGGAACACAUGGACGAGGAGCAUUUCAUUUACCUGCUAUGAACUGGCUUCUUUCCAUUGAAAAUUUCGUUUUUGAGGGAACUCGAAUUUUAACCUUUGGAAUUUCGCAGUUUGCUACUCUGCUUAGUCGGCAGUCUGAGGUGACGCCACUUACAGCUGAGUAUUGAUUUAAUGAUUUAUUUUGUUCCCAGAAUAAUUCAGCCUUUUGUGGGGACCCCAUUUGACAGGUGAAGUCAUACAAGUAGAAUCUGAUUUCAUUGAGGUGGAGGAACCAGUGUCCAUUGCUUUUCCCUUUCCUUUGCUGUUCAACUAUGUGUCUCUCGGUGCUUUAAAAUUUUACCCAUUCCUUUUUCAUUUGUUUAUUUGUUUUUUAGGGCCGCCCCCGCGGCAUAUGGAGGUUCCCAUGCCAGGGGUCCAAUCGGAACUGUAGCCGCCGGCCUCCGCCUCCGCCACAGCCACGCGGGAUCCAAGCUGCAUUUGCAACCUACACCCCAGCUCACGGCAACGCCGGAUCCUUAACCCACCGAGCGAGGCCAGGGGUUGAACCUGCGUCCUCAUGGAUGCUAGUCAGACUCGCUUCUGCUGAGCCACGACGGGAACUCCCAAAUUUGACUCGAUGUCUCCCUAAGCAUGUGUCACAGAACAUCUAGUUCCCCAAGCUCGUCUGCAAAGACGUUGGGGAAUCCCUUCCCGCUGCCGCCGCCUCCUAGAUUCCCCGCGCACAUCCGCACGGGAGAAUUCUGAGCGGGCCUCUGGUCAAGGCGGAAAAGCAUUCCUUUUGGCUCCGUGUCUUACAAGCCUCUUUGACCCCAGAACCCUGUUUCUUGUAUAACCAGUAAUAACCCACAGAGCUUAGUAUUCUACAAAUGGUCUUAGGAAUACGCCGCCUUUAACACAUAUCCCUAUAGCUGUCUGUACAGUCUGGUUGUUCCCAAGCCUAAUUAUCUCCAGUUGUUUCAAAGGUGUUUAAAAAACUUUUUACACGUAUAUGUUUUUUAUGUAACGUACACAUGCCAUUUAAGGAGGUGAAGGUCACUAAUUCAGAUAUUUAUAAGUUGCUCAGUGAUUCUCAGCCUCUUUGAAUUUUACUUGUAAUCACUCACACACACACACACACACACACACACACACACACGUUGCUACUUAUAUAUAUGUUCUCAUAUAAUAGUGGUAAUGACUCAAGUUCCUGUAGCAAGAGAACUCUCGUUCUCAGUUAAAGCUGUUAAUACAUGAAAAAUUCAUUCAGCCUAGUUCCUUGUUAUAAAAUACAUGAAAUAGGACAUUCAAGUAUUUUUCCCAUUCUGAAGCUACCAGUCAUCCUUUCCUUAAACUAGAAUUAGGGAAAGUAUAUAUUAUUUUCUAUUCCAUUCAAGUUCUUGGAAGUGAUAUUUAAUGUAAGUAUUUUCGGGGUAUCUACUAUGUGCCUAAUUUAGUCCUCUUCUAGGCUUAAUGGAAACUAGUAAAGAAAUUAAUUCAUAAAGAGUUUAUAAUAUCUUUAGUCAAACAAGAGUUGGGAAACAAAUGGAGAGCAAUGCAAGAGAGUUUGUCAUUAAGUGCCAAAUCCUAUCAAGUGCUAGAGCCAGGAUGUGUCUUUCGUUUUUGUCAUCCAGGCCCCAGUAUGAUGCUGCUGUAAGGGUGGGGUUAAAAUUGGGAUCCCAGGAGCAAUAAACAUGGAACGUGGGAGGAGUCUGAAUGUAGAGGUGACUGAUACCGAAUGUAACGGCUUCUCUUUUCUCUCUUGUGGAAUCGCAUUCAAACCAGGACAGUGCCUUAGUCUGGAUGUGCCCAACUGCUCUGUAUCUAUGCAAUGUUUUAAUAAAGUGGAAAUGAAUGUGC